AUGCUGUUCGUUGCAUGUCUACUGUUUCCUCAAAUACUGAUUUUAGUACGAAAUAUCAAAGGAUUGCAACGGAAUAUGCCAAGGCAGUUAAGAGCGCAAGUUAAUGUCUUGAAAAAUGCUGUUAUUGAAGAACAAUCGAAAAACAGAAACAAUUUGGAAGAACUUCAUGCAAAGGAAACAUCGCUUCGCAAACUUACUAUCGAAAAUGAAAGUCUCGAGUUUCGAAAUGCUCAACUGUUGAAACGAGUAGAAUGUCUCCUAGCAGAAAUCAACACCGUUCAGCAGCCUUCUUCAAAGAAACAAAGCGGUUCUCGCAGUGUUGCUUCUCGUUCUGUUCAGCCAGAUUUUGAUAAAUGUUUAUUGAAAAAUGAGCUGGCAGAUAAAGUUCGCGAAAAUGAAGCUUUGCAUUCUAAGGUAUCUGAGUUGGAAUCUGCUCAUGAAGAAAAGUUGUUAGAAAUCAACAAAACAGUUAAUUCUAUUAAAGCGGAGAAUGAUUUUUUGAGAGGGGAAAUUGAUCGUCUAACCAAGCAAUUUCAUAAAAAUUCAAUUUCGCAUUUUUAUAUUUCACAGCCGUCGAGUUUGCAACCAGAUCACCAGCAAGAGCAAAAUGAAUUAGGAAUAUCCAAAGAUAUAGACGAAGUGAAAGCCACGAAUCGUGUUCUUCAGCUUGAUUCAGCCAGAACAAUUUUCUCGCUUGUUACCAGCUUCAUAAAUUUAUUACAGUUGUUUGAACAGCGUUCCUCAAUUUAUCCUAAUGACAUGACCAUGGAAAAAUUACCCGAAGUAACUGUCAUGCUUGGUACUUCGCUGUUAAAAAGUGUUGAGUUGUUUAAAAAUUGGCGCUAUCGGCUUGAAGAAGCUUUAGACAUUUGUAAUAGAGAUGAGAAAAUGGAUAUAACUGAAAAAUAUUUCGAUACAUUACCGUUUCUCAUUGAUGCUGUUGAUUCUAAUAAGAACUGGAUUCAAUUGUUCAACGAUAGGAUUGAACAAGAAAAUCGUCUUUCAUGGAGUGGUUCCAAUUUAUGUCGAUGUAAUUUGCGUUGGGGUGAGUUAGUGACGGAAUUAGUUAUGUCACUGGAUCAUCUAUGCGCUGAGUUGUCUAAUGGAUCUAAUGGAUCAGUGGUGAGAUCUUUGGACCAGAUCAAAAAUAUAUUCUCUGAGUGUUGUAAAAUAUUUACCGCAAAGUUGUUCGAUGAAAAUCGCUUACCGACAGCAUGUAAACGGCUGCGUUGCAUAAAUGAAUGUAUUGAAAAAUGUCUUCGAUCUAUAUUGAAGAAUUUGUCAAAUUUAACUUCCCUUUUGGAAUUGUUUGAUGGGUCGAAUUGCGCUUUUCGAUCUCUGUCUGUGCAGAAAUCUGCUGACGAUUCACUGGAGAUUGAAUCACAAACUGGUUUUCGCUAUAUAUUCAAGCAGACUUCCAGUGAUAUGUCGCCGUUUGGUCCUUUAUUCGAAAAAAGGAGUUUCAAAGCAGCGGAUAGUCCAGGUGAAACUGCCUCAUUGAGUCACGAUAAUUUGGAUGAGUUGCAACGAGUUAAACAACAGUUAGUCGACGUGGAAAUGGAAAAAGAAAGGUAUAGAGUUGAUGUUGAGGUGCUAACAAGAAAAUUGAACAGGCAUCCAUGCGAUGGUAAUUGUUGUGGCGGCGCACUGUCAGAUGAACUGGAAUUACUUCAAGCCUAUUACGAAAAUAGGAUAAGAAAUUUGUUGCUCGAUUUGAAGUUCCUUGAAGGCAAAUCAGUUUACUACAAAAAUGAAUGCGAAGAUCUCUUGAGAGCAAGCAAUAAAACGUUGAAUGAAAACAAAGAGCUUACGAGAAAACUUAUCCUUGCCAAUGAACAAAUAGCUCUGCUAAAUGAUGAUCUGAAUACAACUCGUAAAGGUUAUGAGGAUCAGAUGCGCCUUUUAUAUGAACAUUUGGGUAAACUUAAUGCAACAAUAUCAGAUCAGUCAAAUAUUGUUAGUUCAGUGAAUAGUUCAAAUGGUAUAGGCAACAUAAAGCAAGUUUGCUUUUAA